UGUACGUACCACACAAAAACCCAAGAUGUAUAAAAAGUGUAAUUGCGCAUAUAAUAAUUAUUCUAAUAUAAUUAGUUUACGAAUACUUUAUUGCUCUUUGAGUUUGAAUUGAAUACCUCAUAAUUUCAUCUAGCUUUGUUGAAGUUAACUUGUUUCUAUAUUGUGACAGAAUUUUUGAAGUGGCAAAAAUGAAGAAUCAUUCACUUACAUAUUUAAAAAUGUUUCUAUCAAGAAACUUAUCAUCACAGGGAUAUAAAUGUCCUUCAAGAGCAUUUGCAACGCUUAACAACAAAACAGCAAUAAAAGAAACAACAAUAGACCAAAGUCAUGUGGACAAGCAUAGCAAGAUUGCCAAGGAGUGGUGGGACCCCAAUGGGAAAAUGAUAGCACUACAUAGUUACAAUUUGCUUAGGGUCCCCUAUAUACGAGAUGGUCUAGUCAUUGAGGAGCCUUUUAAAAGAACUCUAACACCUUUGUCUAAUAAGAAAAUAUUGGAUGUAGGAUGCGGCGGAGGUAUACUAUCAGAGGCAAUCGCCAGACUUGGGGCGAAUGUUACGGGAAUAGAUGCCAGCAGUGAAUUGAUUGAGCUCGCCUCUGAUCAUUGUAAACUAGAUCCAAAAUUAGUUGACAACAGGCCGUCCUACCAUUGCACUACAAUUGAGGAGCACUCGCAAAGCUUCCCCGACCACUACGACGCGGUGGUGGCAUCGGAGGUAAUAGAGCACGUAGCGAACAAGGAGCUAUUCGUCUCGUCCCUCGUCCGCGCAGUCAAGCCCGGGGGCAAGCUGUUCGUCACCACCCCCAAUAGGACGAGGCCCAUGCAGAUACUCGGCAUAUGCGUAGCUGAGCAUAUCUUGCGAGUGGUGCCCGUCAAUACGCAUGACUACGAAAUGUUCAUUACGCCGAAUGAAUUGACGUUUUUAUUAGAGAAGAACAACUGCCACGUGCAAGCUAUCCACGGCAUGAUGUACUAUCCAGUAGUUAACCGGUGGACAUGGUCCAGUUCUACCACCUUCAUGUACGCUUUGCAGGCAGAGAAACUUACAGAUGAAGAUUCUAAUGUUUAAUUGACUAUACUUGGAUAUUUUUAUUAGGAAAUAAUUCCAAGAAACUUAUGCUAACUAUUCUAUACAAAUCCUGCCCAUGUGGAAUGGUGGCAAGAAUACUGGCUGUUGAGGAUUAUUCUUAUAUAGACUUUGGUGGGCUAAUUUAUUAAAAAAAAAUCCGGACUGGUUAUAGAGUAAAAUGGACUUAAUUGCCUUUAUUUUAAGACUUAAUAUCGUGAGUUUCAUGCCUGAUAUCGUUUCAAAGUUUAAAAAAUAAAUAUAAAACUUUAAAAUGAAGAUAUUGAAGUAUUUUUGUGUAAAGAGAAGGUACUUUAAGCUAAGUUUAAAAUGAUUUGGUUGGAUGUAAUUUAAAUAAAUAUAAAUGAAAACGUAUUUUAAAA